AUGGAACAAUUUGAGGCCAAGUACCUGCAGCUUCUCAAGCUCGGAGAAGGUGGCCAAGGAACGGUUUAUGCUGGAGAAAGAAAAACUGACAACUUACCAGUGGCGAUCAAACACAUCCCUAAAGCUGAUGAGAAGACUCGACCAGUGGUUAUAAAUGGAAAGACGCACAUGGUGCCAUUGGAGGUGCUUCUCAUGCUGAGAGUGGCAGGUGGAGCGGGGUCACUGGGGAAACAUGCUGCCGUGUCAUUAUUAGACUGGUAUGAUCUGGGCCCAGAGGUCCUGCUUGUCAUGGAGAGACCAGUCCCCUGUGAGGACCUGCUGACCUACCUCAAUAAGAAUUUGUUCCUGAGGGAAGACCCGGCAAAGAACAUCAUGAAGCAGCUGGUGGAAGCAGCAAAUAAGAUGCACUCUCUUGGAGUCUUCCAUCGGGACAUUAAAGCAGAAAAUGUCCUCGUUGAUUUGAGCUCGGAGGUCCCUCGUGUGAGAAUCAUAGACUUUGGAAGUGCCUGCUUGGUGACGGAAAUACCGAAAGGCUCCUUCUCUGGAACCCCUGCCUACGUCCCUCCAGAGUUUUACCGGCUUGGCACAUACGAGGCGGGCCCCAGCACAGUCUGGCAGCUGGGCGCUCUGCUCUAUGAACUGGUGGACAGCUGUUUCGCCACAAAAAAAUUCCUUCGCAAGAAAAUUACCGUAAACACUAUGCUGUCCAAAGACUGCCAGGACUUGUUGAAGGUGUGUUUGGCUGUGAACCCUCAGGAGCGCGGCACUCUGGAGCAGAUUCUGCUGCACCCCUGGUUCUCCUAAUCCUGCACAACCGACCACCCAUUGGGCUGAGCCAACUGACUCCAAUGAACUCCAUCCUUUGGUCUUAUAGUCUAGACCAGGGGUUCCCAAACUUUUCCAUGCCAAGGCCCCCCAAAUAGCAUUAGCUUCUGGCCGGGGACCCCCAAACCCACCGACAAUGCUACAAAAUAUCUAAAUAAACAUCAACUUUUAGAAUGUAUUUUCUUACUUUUAUUUACCAUUCAAUAAUUAUUACAUUUGUUUUGCAUAAGAAAAUUAUUAACAAACAUCUUUUCAACACUGUAUAUUCCCAAUGAAUGAUAAACUUUUCAACAAACUGUUGACAGAUAAGAACAGAACAAAAGAA